AUGCCGUUAGAUUCAUUUAAUGUUUUGAAACAAAUUGGAAAAGGUUCAUAUGGAGAAGUAUUCCUUGUCAGGCAUAAGCGUGGAAAUAAAAAGUAUGUCAUGAAGAAAAUACAACUAAAAAAUGCCUCUACCAGAGAAAGAAAAGCAGCGCAACAAGAGGCUCUACUACUGAAGAAACUUAUCCAUCCCAACAUCGUCUCUUACAAAGAUUCCUUUCAGGAUAGAACGGGUUACUUAUACAUUAUAAUGGGAUUUUGUGAAGGUGGAGAUGUAUACAACUACUUAAAGAAUAGAAAUGGCUUACCAAUAGAUGAAAGUCAAGUUAUGGUUUGGUUUAUGCAGAUAGCAUUAGCCCUUCAAUUUAUGCACAGCAAUAACAUCUUACAUCGCGAUUUAAAGACACAAAAUAUUUUCUUAACAAAGCAUGACAUUAUCAAAGUUGGAGAUCUCGGUAUAGCUCGCGUCUUGGAAGGAAGUUGGGAUCUGGCAACAACUCGUGUUGGUACACCUUAUUACAUGUCACCAGAACUAUUUUCAAAUCAACCAUACAAUCAUAAAUCCGAUGUAUGGGCACUCGGUUGUUGUGUUUAUGAGAUGUUAACGUUAAAACAUGCAUUUAGUGCGAAAGACUUGAAUUCCUUAGUAUACAAAAUUUUAAAUGGAAAGGUUCCGCAAAUGCCAAAGCAAUACAGUACCCAAUUAGGUGAUAUUGUAAAGUCAACUUUAGCUCUAGAUCCCAAGAAUAGACCAAGUGUUCCUCAAUUACUUCGUUUGCCAUACAUGAAAAGGCAUAUAAGCCAAUUUCUUCAGUCAACCGAUCAUAGGUAA